AUCAUCUUUAAUACGUAACUUUCCCACCAGACGCUUCAGUAGGAAAUAUGUUCGCGUACAGUUGGUACAGCUAUGUAACUGACGUGGUCUUCUGCUAUUGUAUGUUAAUUUCUGACAACGAAGUGGUUUGAUUGCUAAUAAAGCCUUUCUGCAGAAAGUAAUGGAAAAGAACACUAAACUUUUUGUUUGUGCGAUUGGAAUCUUUGUAUGCUACUUUUAUUACGGACUUCUGCAAGAGAAGAUAACAAGAGGCAAUUAUGGUGAAGGAGAGAAUCGAGAAAAGUUCACGUGUAUUCUGGCUCUGGUUUUCUUCCAGUGCGUGGUGAAUUAUAUAUUUGCGAAGAUUGUAUUAGCAACAGUGAUGAAACAAGGAGAUGAUAACACCAGAACUCUGUAUUAUUCAUCCAGUGCCCUAACAUACCUCCUUGCAAUGGUAUGCAGCAAUAUGGCCUUGCAGUGGGUCAACUAUCCCACUCAAGUUGUGGGCAAGUCUGGAAAACCUAUCCCAGUAAUGAUCCUGGGAGUGCUGCUCGGGAAGAAGAAUUAUCCUCUAAGGAAGUAUUUAUUUGUACUACUCAUUGUUAUAGGUGUAGUAGUGUUCAUGUUUAAAGAUGGUAAGUCUGGUGAAGGCAGUUCAGUACUUGGAUUUGGAGAGUUCUUACUAGUGCUGUCACUGAUGAUGGAUGGGUUAACUGGAGCCAUACAGGAACGCAUGCGAAGUGAGUAUAAGACCAAGUCUGGUCAUAUGAUGCUGAGUAUGAACUUGUGGUCUACCAUAUACUUGGGAGUGGCCAUCAUCAUCACAGGAGAGGGUCUCAUGUUUGUAAACUUUGUGCAAAGGCAUCCAAGCUUAGUGUGGCAACUAAUAACAUUCUCAAUUGCUGGUGCUCUUGGCCAGUUCUUCAUCUUCCUGACAGUGAGUGACUUUGGACCAUUGCCGUGUUCCAUAAUUACUACAACUCGCAAAUUCUUCACAGUGCUUGGCUCGGUGAUUCUGUUUGGGAACAGCCUACUACCUAGACAGUGGUUUGCAACUGUCAUUGUGUUCACUGGACUGUUUCUUGACAGUAUAUAUGGUAAAGCAGUUAUUAAAAUGAAGUAAUUCUGACUUAUGGAAAGCCACAAAUAACCUCUAGUCCUCUUCUGGAAUAUUUAUGCUCAGGUAUUUUCAGGCACUUGAGCAAAAUUAGGCACUAUGUGGUGGUAACAAGAUAAAUACAAGAAUUGGUUAAAAUAACUGUAAGAGUAUCACAAGACUCUUCACUUAAGACACCUAUAGUUCCUGCAUGUGCUGUCUCUCCACCUGACAUGUUCCAUCAGCCCAGCUGAAAAUGACUUUUUCAAAUUCAGACAUGAACAGUGUUAACACAAAGAAUAAGAAUCAUCUUCAUAGA